AUGGGUUGGAUUCAACAAGACAGGGGUUCCUUCAAGAAAGACUCAAGUAACAUCAGUACAAGCCUCUAUCCAGAAGCCUGGAGAGCUAAAUUAAAUCAGUUAAAUGGUACUAACAAGUCCAGACAAGGUUCUUCAGCUCUUUCCAAACACUUUUUUCUCCGAGCACCGCCAUUCUACUCAGUAUGCUGUGGUGGGUCCUGUCAGCACCCUGCAUCCCCCACUGCUUUUCCAAGAGAGGAAAGUGUUCUGCCUCUUUUGACCCAGGAUUCCAACUCCAGAGCCCGAAGAGGCAUUUUAAGAAGGGCUGUCUUUUCUGAGGACCAGAGGAAAGCUUUGGAGAAAAUGUUUCAGAAACAGAAGUAUAUCAGCAAAAUGGACAGAAAGAAACUUGCCAUUACCUUGGGUCUAAAGGAGUCACAGGUGAAGAUUUGGUUUCAGAACCGAAGGAUGAAAUGGCGAAACUCCAAAGAAAAAGAAGUGCUUUCAAACAGGUGCCUUCAAGAAGAGGGUCUUCAAGAGAACUGCCUCUCAAGAUCCACUCUGAAUUUGACCUCCUCAUGCCCCUCUGUAUGGAAAGUGUCUCAAGAGCAGGCAAGUCCAAGAUGGCAGGAGAAAUCUCCAGAACCUGCAGAGAGACUGAGUAAUGGCCAUAGUGCACAACCUCCUCAAAGAGCAAAUUCAUGGCAGGGCACGUAUGUGUACCCUGAGCAAGACACUGCAACCAAGGCAGUUACAUCUUCAGUAAUAAAGAAUGAUGGAGUUCUGUAAAUUGAUUGAAGACUGCUCAUUUGAAGCCUGUGGUCUUUUAAGAUUAACAGUGUUUGAACACUGUAAAGCUAACUAGUUUAUGCCUCAUCAGUUUCUGUAAUCUAACACCAUUAAAAUUACAUACAACUAAUGCUUUAAGAAAGAAAUAUUCUUCAAUAUUCAAUGUUUUCUCCUGUCUUUUCUGGCCUUGUGUUGAACUUAAAAGUAAAUAGGAACUGAUGGUAAGUAAAAUGAAGUGAAGAGUAUAAAGGUGAAAUUUUGCUAUGAUUUUUAUCCUGUUCUGUAUAUAAGUAUUCAUUAAAACUCACACAGACUCAGUGUUAUCUCUCAUUGCUGUUAGACCAAUUAAUUUCCUUUUGUGCACUGGGUAAGACUAACCAUUUUUAUCAAGAUAAUAGGGUGUUUUGGAUGGUUUGUUUUUAAACUUAUUUACAGUGUGUGAAAUUCACAAUAAGUUCAUGUUACAGAUACUUAUUUUUCUUUUAAUGAUUUCUGACUGUCCUUCAAUAUUUAUGUCAGGAUACAGUUGCAGAUACAAUAUGACUAGUCAGAUGAUUAAUUCUAAUAAAAUAAUUUAAUAUUUAAAAAAAAAUUCAAUAAGUCCCUGCAUUCAGAUCACUUUAAUUUGGACACAUACUGGGAAUUGCCAGGAAAUGUAAUUCUUGGAGUCCAUUCCUCUCUCAAGUGUGAAAAAUACAACAGCUUUAAUUCUGUAUUUCAGUGGCCUCUGUCAGAUUGACAGCAUAGUCUCUUGUAUCUUGUUUUGCAUGUCAAAACCAGGGUAGCAAUAGGAAAAUUAGAGAUCACAUAGAAUCUGCAGCAGUACUGUAAUUAUUCAAACAGCCACUUUCAUCCUAUAAAAAGAAAAGUACUUAAGGGAUGGGAUGGGAUGCUGUGGUAGACUUAUUCCUGCCUAUUCAUUUAAGUGGAUUGCAAUGAGUAUUCAUUAGCAUAUUUGUGUAUCCAAUACAGUACAUAUUCUGUGUAUUACAAGCGGCCUGAAAUAAUAUUAUUAAAAUUACUUUGCUUGAAAUGAAUUGCUUGCUCUAUCCAUUUUAAGAAAAUCACUCUUUCAAAUUUAAAAAUCACUUAUUGUUCAUUUGAGAGGCAAGAUAUAGUUAGAAGCCAGAGUAGAUUUGCACCUUAUAGAUUAAGUAGCUCAAAAUCAGAGAGGAAAGUGUUUUUUCAUCAUGUAUUUUUUAGUAUAUUUGUUGAAAAGAAUGGGUAGGCAUAUUUUGUCAUGAGUAACACCCCCCCCCUUUUUUUUUUGAGAGUGUGGGGAGGAUAUUUAGUUAUAAAGUCAUGUGGUACCUUGUUAGAUACCAGGAGGUGAUUGUGAUUAUAUUUUCUAACUGCAUCACACAGCCUAUGACUGAUUCUAAUAGCUUGCUUAACCCCAGUCUGCAGUAAAGACGUACAAUCCUUAUUUAAA